CUAAAUUCAAAGUCCAUUGACCACCACUAGUGGCAAAUAUAAUUAAAUGACAAACAAAAAUUACAUAGUUUGAAAACAUACUUUGCAUAUAUGUACAUAUAUUAUUAAUCAGAUUAUUCAUUUAACUAUUUUAGAUUAUUUAAAUAAUUAACAACAAGGUUUAUGUUAUUUUUAAAUACUAUUGCAGUAAUGAAUCAUUUGCAAAAAAAUUGACACAGUUAAGUUCCUUGUUACAGUGCUGAAGCAAUAAUUAUUUCCUUCUAGACAAGAUGUUUAAAUAUGUGUUAGUGCAGUGUGUCCUAUACCUUAGCGUGAAAGGAUUUAAAGAGAUAAAUUUUCCAAAAGACAGAUGUGAAGGGCUAGAAGAACUGAGAAACCAAAUAGACUGCAAAUUUAAUCCUGAUGAUUAUUUGGAUGUUCCACAGAUCAUAAAAAGACAUGGUUAUCGCUCUGAAUCUCAUAUUUGUGUGACAGAUGAUGGAUAUUUACUAACACUGCACAGAAUACCAGGAAAAAAUGGAAAACAGGGUGAUCAACCUGUGUUACUGCAACAUGGUCUGUUGGGAAGUUCUGCGGACUGGAUUUUAAAUGGAAAUAAUUCUUUAGCCUUUUUAUUGGCUGAUCAAGGUUAUGAUGUCUGGCUUGGAAAUGCAAGAGGAAACACAUAUUCGAGAGGCCACAUAUCUCUUCCCAUAUGGAGUGCCCAAUAUUGGAACUUUAGUUGGCAUGAAAUGGGAGUUCUUGAUUUACCAACUGAAUUAUACUACAUUAGCAAUACAACAGGGAAACUUGGAGACAUAAUUUACAUUGGACAUUCCAUGGGAACCACUGAGUUUUUCGUGUUAUCUUCCUUACUACCACAAGUAGCAAAGAACGUAAAACUGAUGAUCGCCUUAGCACCAGCAGCUUAUACGACACAUAUGCGAUCUCCCAUAAGAUACUUAGCACCUUUCGUCAAUGAUUUUAAGUGGCUGGCCGAUCACCUGGGUUUAAAUGAGUUACUACCCAAUUAUAAAUUCUACAAAUUUUUAGCUUAUGCAUGUGAAAGGAACCACAGCAAGAAAAUAUGUGAGAAUAUCUUAUUUGUUUUAUGCGGAUUUGAUAAAGAGGAAUUCAACAUUCAACAACUUCCCACAAUAUUAAGCCAUGAUCCGGCUGGUGCAUCUACCAAGACCGUGUUGCAUUAUGCUCAGGAAAUAAAGAAUCAAGGAAACUUUCAAGAGUACGACUAUGGGACAGCAGGUAAUAUGAUUGAAUAUGGAACUCCCACACCACCACAGUACAAGCUAAGUAACAUAAAGAGGCCAAUUUACUUAAUGUAUGCAGAAAAUGAUUUCUUUGCCAGUCCUAUUGAUGUUGAACGCUUGGCAAGAAAACUAACAAACCUCGUGGCAACAUACAAAGUACCUCUUAAUGUUUUUAACCAUAUCGACUUCAUAUUUGGAAAAGAUGCAUACAAUUUGGUAUACAAACCCAUUUUAAAAGUUAUGAGGAACUUUACAGAUAUUUAAAGGAAAAAUCUAUAUUCAAAAAUUAGGAUGUUGGAAAUUUUAUUAUUAUUAAUCGUAUUAUAGAAUCAUCCUUACAAUACAUUUUGCAUUAGUGUUUAGGCUUAACUUUUUUUGAAAUACACCUAUGCUAUAAUUAAUUUUUGAAAUUUAAAUGGGACACCAUAUAUUAUUUGCUUAAAAUUAACGUGGAAAAUAGCCAAAUUACUUUACUUUGCAUAAAAAAUUAUUAGAAAAAUUAAAAACAGGUUAACCAAACAUUUUUCGCUUCUAUUAACAUAUUUAAACAGAA